AAAAUCCACACAAAUACAGUGUAAAUGAUAAAACUUGAUUCCGCCGCGAAACGAUCUGUCUAUAACAACCCAGCAAUGGCACUGUGGUGUAAAAAAAGCGGCAAUCUACAUUAACAGACUUUGAAUAAGUGCAAUCAAAAGCUACCGCGUAUUUGAAGAGAGAGAGAAUGUCGUCAUCGGAGAAGCAGCAAAGGGAUAGUAAUUCGAAUGAAUCUAUGAAGAUGGCAAUAGCAGUGGCAUUUCUUCGAUCAAAGCUGGGCCAAAACCCGCCUUCUACAGAUCAUCCAUCUUCGUCCUCUGCUUUCUCUAAAUCCGACGCUCAGAAAUGGAAGCGCAAGGCGAAGGAGCGUAAACAAGAGCUUUUGAGGCUCAAAGAAGAUCUCAAGGAGGCCGAAGAUGGUUUACAUUAUGAUUUGUUUCCGGGAAGUGCGUCUUGCAAGUGUUAUUUCUUUGAUAAUUUGGGCAAAUUGAGCCCUAAUCGGUUUGGAGACGGUUGUGAUCGGAGAUUUAAUGAUGUUUUGCGCCGGAGAUUUCUCAGACAAGUUCGACUGAAGGAAAGGAGGAGGAGAAGAAGAACAGAUGGUUCCACUCAGCCGCAACCUUUCUUUGAUUAUAAUACUGAAAAUGAAGCGGAGCAGCUUAGAGACUCAGUUGAUUUUCUCGUGGAGCUUUGUGACAGUGUUUCUCCUGUGGAGGCUGCCAAUUUUACAAAUUGGUCGCACCAAGCUGUAGACUUCAUUCUAGCUGCAUUGAAGAAUCUUUCAUCAACGGGAAAGAACUUAGAAUCACUUGAAGGACUUGUCAGCAGCUUAAUUGUGCGUUUGGUUAGGAGAAUGUGUACUACCUUACAGGAAGAUGAAUUACAUCAAUUUGACACUGAUGCCCAAAUCUUGGUUCAGCACUUAAUCCGUAAGCUUGGAAGUGAGCCCUUUGUUGGACAGCGUGUGAUACUUUCAGUUUCUCAAAGAAUCUCUGCAUUAGCCGAAAGUUUGCUAUUUAUGGAUCCAUUUGAUGAUGCUUUUCCCAACAUGCAUUGUUGCAUGUACAUGAUGAUCCAGCUUAUCGAGUUCUUAAUAUCAGACUACUUACUAACUUGGUCAAGCAAUGAAGAUUUUGAGACAAGGCUGUUUGAAGAGUUGUUGACAUCAGUUCUUCAUGCACGGAAAGCAUUAGAACUCCUGGAAAGCAGGAGCGGGCUUUAUGUGCUAUACAUGGAUCGAGUGAUUGGGGAAGUGGCUAAACAAGUGGGUCAGGUUUCAUCACUUCAGAAGCUCAACCCGGAUAUUCUGAAUAACUUGUUCCGCUAAUUGCAUCUGUGAAUACAUCAGCAAUAUAAGCCACAUGGUUAUAACUUUUCCACUUUGUCUAGUAAUAGUAAAUCUUUUGUCUGCCAUUUUUUUUUUUUCUUUGAGAAGUUUCUGCUCGACCGUAACUGUAGUAUUGGAUUUGUUGAACCUGAUUCACUAAAGGAUAUUUGGUCUCAGCAUCACUGCUAGUAAGCUACCUUUGUGCCUA